AUGGCGUCCAUCCCGAUCAUUGUUAAGCACGCGGGCAAACGCCACGAAGUUGAGCUCGAUCCCACCUCCAACGGCGAAACAUUGAAAUACCAGUUGUUUUCCCUUACCGGAGUCGAACCGGACCGUCAGAAGGUACUCGUGAAGGGUGGCCAACUCAAGGAUGAUACUCCACUGUCCUCCCUCAAGGCCAAGCCAGGCCAGACCUUCAUGAUGAUGGGGACCCCAUCAGGUGGUCAGGGAGACGCAGACCUAGGCCGCCCGAAAGAGACAAUGAAAUUCCUCGAGGAUAUGACAGAAGCCGAGAUUGCUCGACAAGACGGAGCUACACCUGCCGGCCUGCAGAACCUGGGCAAUACCUGCUACUUGAACUCUACCUUGCAAACACUGCGAAGCGUCCCUGAGUUGCAGGAGGAGCUUCAGCGUUAUCGUCCGAGUCGUGCUGGCCAAUCCGGUGGCCUGUCCGAUCUGAGCAGCUUUGGCCUUGGAGGAAUGGACAGCUCCAGGGAUAUGGCCGCGUCUCUUCGAGACCUGUUCAAGCAAAUGUCGGAGACACAGGAAGGAAUUCCCCCUCUGAUGUUCCUCAAUGCCCUCCGUACCGCUUUCCCACAAUUCGCCCAACGAGACCGCAAUGGAGGCGGCUAUUCCCAGCAGGACGCCGAGGAGGCUUGGUCGCAGAUCGUCAACCAGCUGCGUACCAAGCUGACCAUCACCGACGGAGCUGGAGAAGGUGCUUCUCAAACUUCCUUUGUCGACAAAUACUUCGCGGGUCAGUUCGAGUCGGCUCUCGAAUGUGAUGACCCCGGGGCCAAGGAGGCAGGCGAAGAACCGACUAACUCAUCCGAUGUCUUUUUCAAGUUGGAUUGUCACAUUGGAAAGGAGAUCAACCACCUCCAGGAUGGAAUCAGGGUUGGUUUACAAGAGCAGAUUGAGAAGCAAUCGCCUGUGUUAGACCGCAAUGCGCUGUACACAAAGAAGUCGAAGAUUGCUCGACUGCCCAAAUAUCUUACUGUACACUUUGUUCGUUUCUUCUGGAAACGCGACACCCAGAAGAAGGCCAAGAUUAUGCGAAAGGUCACAUUCCCUGCCGAGCUCGACAUUGUGGAGUUCUGCACCGAAACUCUUCAGAAACAGGUCAUCCCUAUUCGUGACAAGGUUCGGGAGAUCCGCAAAGACGACAUCGACAUCGAACGCUCUCGCAAGCGCCAGAAACUGAGCCAGAAGCAAGAGGAAGAGCAGAGCAAGGAAGAGAAGGGAGGCGGUGGCCAGAAAGAGCCAAUGCAGAAGAAGAAGGAAGCUCAAGAGGCCGCAGAGAGCAAGGGGAAGGCAAACGACAAGGACGGUGAUACCAACAUGGAGGAGAACUUCAAGACCGAUGCCGAGUAUGAAGCAGAGAAGUUGGAGGCGAUCGCGUCCGCUAAGAAGGAGCUUUAUGAGUUGAUCAAGCAGAACGGCUCCACAGACAGCGGUACCAACCCGUCUGGUCUGUAUGAGCUACGCGGUGUGAUUACCCACCAGGGAGCCAGUGCGGACAGCGGUCAUUACACUGCCUAUGUCAAGAAGCAAGCUCGCCCCGACAACUCCCAAGCCGGUAGCAAGCGCCGUGACGAGGAGGAGGAUGAUGGCAAGUGGUGGUGGUUCAACGACGACAAGGUCACCGAAGUUGAAGCUGAGAAGAUUGAAACUCUUUCUGGUGGUGGUAAGUGCUUUUGGCCUGGUAUUAUCUGA